AGGCCGGCGGGCUCCGGGUCUCCGCCGACGAUAUCUGCAAACAAAGGUGAGAGCACAUCUAGUACUAAACUCGAGGAAGCUUCAAAACCUUCUGCUGAAGACAUGAGGAUGUUCAUGUCAAGAAAAACUGUGGUUGCAUUUCCUCAGCGAGUAGCUAUGUCUUCCCCUGAGGAGGAGAACCUCACUACAUCUGCAACAGAAGGAGGCUUGAGGAAAGAGUUAGUUGAGGAAGAAACUUCAUCUUCAUCCAGCUCAGAUUCAGGUUCUAGCUCAGAUUCGGAGGAAGAAAAUGAUAAUGAUGAUUCAGAAGUUGCCGCUAAAAACAAACAUAACUUUCCUAGACAAAAUUCCAUCUUUUCUGAGAACAUAGCAGUAAAGGCAUCAAUGCUAGCAAGAGAGAACUUGUCCCGGAAAGCCCAGAAAGAAUAUGUGGGUAAGAAGAAGCCACGCAAAACAGAAACUGAUGUGUCUCCUAUCAAGCAGGUUGCAUUUUCUAAACCAGCAGCCAGCCAUGAAACAUCAAAAUCCAAAGCAAGAGACCCCAAAGUGAAAUCAGCUCCAAAAGAAGCAGAUGGGCAGAAGCUGGUCUUAGAGCCACAUGUGAUUGAAAGCCGAGACCUGACUGAUGUCACUCAUAAAUCUGAUUAUUUGGAGGAAAGGUCCAUUGGAACCCAAGUAGCAGCUAUUCAGCUGAGAGGUUCGUCAGUGAUUCAGGAAGACAAAAAGCAAAAACUGGUAUCCAGAGGAGAAGAGAAAAAGGUGAAGGGGAUGCAGGAACCAGAAGCAGAAGAAGUAACUGCUCCUAAACUGGAAGAAGAGACUUCUGAAAGCACAAUGUUGGUGAUGGGGACUACAGCAAAGGAGCAGACCAUUCAGAAAGCAGGAGUCCAGGCUGGAGAAAGCAGCAUGACAGAGGAGACCAAAGCAGCUCCUGGGCCUGCUCCGGAAGAAUUUGAUAAUUCUACCUACAAGAACCUUCAACAUCAUGAAUAUAACAUUUAUACCUUUGUUGAUUCUGUUGUGGUUCUCUCAAAAUUCAGACAGCCUCAGCCGUCUUCUGGAAGACCAUCACCAAGGCACUGA